CAAUGGGCGGGUAUCAUGCUUGUAUCAUACUAGAGUAGAUGCAGCUCGUGAUCCGUCCGUAAAAGGAAAAGGCAUUCCGCUGCUGAUGAUGGGAACUGGACCGACUGGUGGCAGGGCAUGGCCAUGUGACAUUCAUGGUGGCUGGUCCAGCAAGUUGAUUUCUUAA